GGAAUUGGCCAAAUAUAUAAAAAGACCCGUCCCUACAGAACUAGUAAAGAAUGAAUGGGGUGUUAUACGAUACAAGGACAGUUUUAAUAGUAUUUUUUAAUUUUCUUCCCACUAGCGUGCAGAAAUAUAUUGCAAUUAACUGCACAAAAAACAUACGGUGCAUUAUAUACUGCAUCCAUAUUGGACAUCUCAUAUUUUGCACUUUCAUUUUGCUUCCUCGGCAUUAAAGGCACACUGCUUGGCUAAUGGGCAUGUAACCCUCUCCUGUAUAAUGCACAUGAGUGAGCCUGAAUUGCGUGCACCAUAAAAAAAAAGGGGUUAAUGCUGUCCAUGCUGUUCGGCAUAUCCUGAUGCUGGCUCGGUGAAACAAACAUCGCCUCUCCUCCUUUGCCUGAUCCCUCCCUCCAGCUCCCUUAUCCUGCACGCAUACACUCACGCUCUCCUCCUUUCCCCCCCCGCCCUGCAUGGAGUGGCUCUGACGGGCGACACAGGCGUUCAGCUCCCACUCCUAAACCGUCCUCUGCCGUUCACAGCGUGUAAGCUCGCCCACCCACCCGGUCAUACAAAGAUCACAGCGCACGGCGGUACGCGCGCUCUCACGCGGCUUGAGCGUAGCGCCGCCGCCACAAAACCCCUGCUCCGACGAGAGCCUGGCGGCGGCUGUGCGGUGGUGGGCGAGCCAAGAUGAGGGAGAUGACAACAUAAAUCCCGCUCGCCUGGGCUGUUUGAUGGUCCACGGCCGAGGAAGCUCGAGUCGGGUGGGAGCCGAAGAAGCGAAAGCCGGCGCUGCCGCUUUCAACGCGCCGCGGAGCCGGCCACCAGCCGAGCGAGGCUGGUUGCGAGUCUGGGGAAAAAUCAAUGGCUGUCUGCUAGUCCUGCUUCGAGGACGUCACGUCGAUACCCCCAUUUAACUGUCUCCAGCGCUGCCAACAAUCGCUCAUGGAGGCUGGGCUCGACACCUCGCAGUCCGCUCGCUUGCGGGGGGAGCCGCUGCACCCCGUAGUCUACGCUUGCACAGCAUUGCUCCUCCUGUGCCUGCUCACAACUGCCGUCACAUACCUCCUUCACCACAGCGUAAUCCUGAUCAGCCGCAAGGGCUGGCAUCUGCUUCUCAACCUCUGCUUCAGCAUCGGACUUACGGGCACCGCCUUCGCUGGAGGAAUUGAGCAGACAAGCAACCUGCCACUCUGCCAGGGGGUUGGGAUCCUUCUCCACUAUGCGUCUCUGUCCACGGUGCUGUGGAUCGGAAUGAUGGCGCGCAACACAUUCCGACAGCUGGGGCCGAGAGAGCGCCCAGCUGAGAGUGACGAGCCUCCUCCGCCUCCACGGCCCAUCAUAAGAUUCUACCUGAUUGGAGGAGGCAUUCCCAUCCUGGUAUGCGGAAUAACGGCGUUGGUUGACAUCAACAAUUAUGGAAGCAAUGGAAGCAUGCCACUCUGCUGGGUGGCAUGGGAAGCGAGCCUCGCCGCUUUCUACGGCCCCACGGCACUCGUCGUUCUGGCCACGUGCGUCUACCUCAUCCGCACGGCCGUGUGCCUGCACCGCCGCCCUGGCCAGCAGCGCUACGAGCUCAAGGACACGCACCCGGCCGGCCCUCGCGGGGCCCCCGGACAGCCGCCCCACAUCAUCGUCGUCCACCCACCCCCGCGCUGCUGCCACCAUCACGUGGCCAGCCACGGCGGGCCCGAGUGCGGCCGCGGAGGCGCGGCCCGCUGCGCCGGCUCUCCGUCGCCGGCGCUCGCCAACGAGCACACGUACCCCGAGCAGCUCGCGGGCACGGCUCUCGUGCUGCUGCUGUACGCCAUCUCCUGGACGCUGGGCGCCCUGGCCGCGUGGCACUCCGACCAGCUGCUGUCCGUGGUCUUCAGCUGCCUGUUCGGCGGCACGGUGCUCACGCUGGGGCUGUUCGUGUUGGUGCACCACUGCGCCAAGCGCGACGACGUGUGGCACCUCUGGUUCGGUCGCUGCUGCUGCUGCCGCUGCCGCUGCUGCCGCCGCUGCUGCGGAGGAAAAGGCGGCGGCGUGACCCAGGCGGAGGUCGCCGCCGCCGCCUCCUCCUCCUCCAAGCUUCCGCAUCAACCGUCACGGAGCGAGGAGCAUGAUCAAGAGUGCAAGCUCAUAACUAAUGGCCAGCUGUCGAGCGUGGGCGGUGGGAAUAUGUACGUGGUGGUGAGCGGAAACCCGCCUUCGUUGGUGAGCGACAGUGUGGCCGCCAUCAGCAGCAUACCCCUGGCCUCAACGGAGCACCAGUGCAAGAUGACCAACCUGCAAGUGGAGAACAUUGCCAGGGCGAAUGUGCAGUUCGCACAGAGCAAGGAGAAAAGCAUCGAUGAGCGACUGAGCGAGAUCAAUGAGCAGGCGAGCGCCGACUGUCUCACGAGCAGGACUCUGCCGAGGAAACACUGUGCAAGGGGUCGGAGGAAAAACAGUCUGCAGGCCAACAGGCAAAGCUCCACGGGCGACUUGGUUUAUGACGUGCCAAAAAUCACGACGGAGGGAGGCGUCAGCGCGCAGUACAGUGAAUUUUCCACACUUUCUCUCUGCUGUCGGUCACAGGAAAGUGGAUCUGGGAACGACGAUGCACCUGUGGUGCAGGCGGCCUCUCAGGAGGCUUUCUGCAUGGCGUACGGCAUCCACUUUCCUGUUCACAAUGUGGUAUCGCCUGCUGAUAACAUUGAGCUAAAUGCCACAGUCCCAUUAAUCACAGGCACCUGCCCAAAUGUCAAAACGGGACCCUGGAGGACUGAGACAACUGUAUGAGCACAUUAUCAUACCAUUCAAAAUGAAAGAGCUGAUAAAAAAAUUACACAAACACUGAAAACAUUUGAAAAUGCAAAUGACUCUGGACCCACGUAUAUAUUUUUAGUACGUAUUGUAAAAACGAAAUAUUUUAUUGGUUGUCAGUCGAAACAAAAUAUUGAAGAUGCUGAAUGUUCUGUAAACACUCUAUAAAAAUGCUUUUCAAAUGCAUCGUCACCCUGCAACACUCCAAAAAUAUUGAUGUUGCAUAGAUGUAUAGUCAUCAAUGGAUGUAACCUUUUGGCAUACCGUAGAUGUUUCUAUUGCUGUCUGCAAAGAUAUUUUUCUCUCUCCUGGAAUGGCUCUUUAUUGCCACCUGCUGUGCAGAUGAAAUAUUAUUUAGAGUAUGAGUUGGUGGUGGUGGCGGUGGCGGCGGUGGUUGUAUCUCAGAGGGAUGUAAAUGUAAAAUAGGACCAUUAAGUGCUUUUUGAAGAAUACCCGUACUUUAAAAUAUAUUGCAUCAAACAAUUAUGAGUGCCAAUGUAAGGAUUACCGACGGUGGUUGAUUGGACACAAUUUAUUGGUGUUGAUCGUAUGAUGCUCAUAUGCAAUGUAAAAUAUAGGGUUAACAUCUUGUAAUUUUUUCAGUGCAUGCAUCAGCAGAAAUAGGCAGGAACGACAACAAUGUGAGUUGACUUGAAUCCCAUUGAUUUUACGUAAGAUGUCUGUAGCGAAGCAUUCACUGACAGUACAUUCACUUGUUAUUGUGGAUAUACAGUUAUUAGUUGUCCAAGGUGUACUUCACAUGCCAAAUAAAUUGUCGGGUUUCUACAUAGCGACGUGACACCAGAGUGCAACAAUCUAAAUCCAUGUCUGACAUAAUCCCUUCGACUGUAAGUCAUUGUGAGUGAAUGUGAAUGCUGUAUGCUGUGUGUGAUAUCAGUUAUGCAAGUAGGCCGAGUUAUUUUGUACGUUAAUUUUGUUUAUUUUAUUAAUCAACCAAUGAUGUGUGCAGCAACACAGUUGCAAUGUGUACACUUUAAAAAUAAUUCACAAUAUCAUUGACAUUGAAAUUCUUGACCACUAGGUGGCAUUACAGUGAUACAAUAUUUUCAUUUGGUAACGUCCCACGUACAAUGCAGUUGCGGAACGAUAGUGUGGUGAAUACGUUUACUUCAUCAAGUAAUUUACAGCACGUUUUCUUUUUAACAAUAUAAGAAUGAAAAAAUUGCAAUCCAUUACUUCUUCAUAUUGAGUAUUUAUGACAUUCAAUAAUAUUACUUAUGUAUUCUUCGGGAACUGCUUGCUUUUUAUCUCCCAUUCGGAUUCCACUAUAUAUUUAAAAAAAAAAAUGAUACAGUCAGAGGCUCUCUCCUUAUGCUUAGGAACGUAAAUCAAUGCAAUUAAUUCUAAAACAAUCUUGACACUUUAUUCUUUGGGUAUUUCGGUAAAGUAACGUAGAUAGGUUAAAAUAAAAUAUUUAUUAUUUUGUUUACCGAAAGACCCAAAGAACAUUAAUUCCCGCAGUCACUAAAGCUUUAAGUCAAGAUUUAAUCUGACACCUUUAUUGUUUAAUAACUAACAGCAAUGCCAGUCCAUCUACAUGUGGUAUUCUGCAACAAUUUGCACUUGCAUGAUUGCAGUAGAGUAAUCUAGUUUUUUUACUUACCUUUUGCACACUUGCACAUUUGUUUAUGUACCUCGAUAAUAAGUAAUUGAAAUCAUUCAAAGAGGCUAUGUAUGUACAGUGAGGGAAAAAAGUAUUUGAUCCCCUUCUGAUUUUGUACGUUUGCCCACUGACAAAGAAAUGAUCAGUCUAUAAUUUUAAUGGUAGGUUUAUUUGAACAGUGAAAGACAGA